AUGGAAUUGAGAAGUGGCAAGGUUUGCGAAGCGGCCAAGGCCAUGGCUACCGACCGCCGAGCGAAAAAGCUGAAGAAUCGGCAGAUUCGCCGCUGGGUCAUCGACAGGUACGAGUCGAACCCAGCGGACGAUUGCUGUCAAUCCGAAGUCGACGGCUCGGAUGUCGAUAGCUCUGCCGAGAAACCGGCGCCGCCAACGCAACCCCGACGCGCAAAUAAGCGCGGAGUCUGGUCGAAGAAGGCGUCUUUGGGUGGAAAGCCUGGGCCCCGUGGGGUCACCCUCCGGGGGAUGCUGGGAGCCGCGAAGAGUGUAUACUCUUACGCGGGCCUUGAUCUAGACAAGAUGAGCUUAUAUGACCAUAUAAGCUACAUCUUGUCUCAGAUCAAGGAUGACGAAACCCCACUGCCCAAGACAAUCGUGUCAAGGGAGGUGGUGGUGAUGGCCCAGCAUCAGCAGCACUUCGCGAGGGAGAACCUCGGUGCUUGCUUGGCCAUGCUAGCUAUCGGGGCCAAUGUCACCUUGCUGGAUUUAAACGAUCGGGUCAAGAUAUGCGAGAACUGUUUCUCGAGGUUCCGCUACCCUGUCCCUCGUUUCGUCCCAGAGAAGGCAGCUAGCAUCCUUCAGCGUCCUUGCGAGUACCAUCCAGGGCAAUUGCGCUCGUUCAACGACGCCCUGGAUGAGAGCGACAAGACACGCAAGCUGGGAGGCGGAUUCUUGAGCCAGGGUCAAGUCAAGCUGGAGGAGUUCAAGCUGUGGAUCAGUACCUGUUACUGGGACUGCUGCGGCGGAAAACUCCUAGAGGUCGAUCCCGCGUCGUUAAAGCGAAGCCAGAGGAAGAAGAGGGACCCUCCCAAAGCUUGGGAGAUACCUAACCCGCACGAUGGGAAGGUGGGAUGUGUCAAGAAACACGAGCAUAUCCCAAUCCUGGUGUGA